AUGCUAGACGAGAUUUCGGCGGCGGUGAUCUUUUUAGUCCGCCUGAUAGAGAGAAGCGAAAACUUUAACCAAGAACAGUUGGAAGAUUUCAAAACACGUCUGUCACAGUUACUAGUAGAACGUUUUGAAAACCAUUGGUUCCCAGACCAGCCGUGCAAAGGACAAGGUUACCGCUGCAUCAGGGUAAAUGAACGGGACCCCCGGGAUGCUACCUUGGAGCGAGCAGCAAUUGCUUGUGGAUUCAAAUAUGAGGACUUGAAGCUACCAGUAGAGUUAACAGUUUGGGUUGAUCCAAAUGAAGUAUGCUGCAG